AUGACUGGCCGGGAAAAAGAACACCAAGACUUGGUUUUAGGAAAGUGCCAAAAGAUUAUUACUGAUUUACAAACUCAAUCUGAAAAAAUCAAACUCCAAGGGAAAAUCAAACUCCAAGGGAAAAUUUACACCGAAGAAAUAAAAAGAUUGAUACCGACUGCUACCCCUGAAUUUGAUUCUAACCUAGAAAAAGUAACAGAAGGAGCCGGAAAUUUAUUGAGAAAUCACUUUGACCCUAAAAAAGCUCCUUCUUCCCCCGAAAUGGCAACCUGGUUAGCAGACCUUAUUAACGAAGAUUUACGCCAAUAUAAAAAGGCUUUUCUGCAAUUAAUCCAACUUCUUCCUCAGCAAGAGUGCGAAAAAGAGGGAAGAAAAGCAAUUUUAAACAAUCUGCUUAAUAAUUGUAUUCGUGACGAAAUUAAUCAAUUCAUUCAACGAGUAAAUUACCCAACCUCUAAUCUUAACGCCAGCGACUAUCGAUAUAAUUGUUUAAGCAAAGAAAAAAACCAAAUCCUCCGCGAAGUGAAAGCCACCAGGGAGCAAAUUUACCAAGAAGUGGAAAAACUUGCCGGCGAGCUCGAAACGGAAAUUCCUAAUCUAAAACAAAAACGGGACGCGGAAAAUUAUCUACAAAAAAUGGAAGAAUUAGCCCAAAAUAUUUAUCUAAAUAAAGUUCAAAAUAUUCUCCAAGAAUGA